UCCGUUGUACGAUUUGUGAACGUGUUCGGCGAAAGGGCCGAACAAAGGCGGGAAACCCCAGGCCGCGGUAUUCUGUUGUACGCGCUCGGGAAUUCUCGUUUCGUGUUCUUUGUUAUUUAUCAUCGUAGCACGCAAGGUUAGCGCGGGAGGAGGAGGGGGCGGGAAUGUGUUACGAGACGGUUCUUUAGCGUCGUAACGACCGCCCCCCCCCCCGGCUUUGAUUUAGCCCGAAAGAAGGUUUGUUGGCCCGGCCCGACCCGACCCGGCCUCUUCAGGUCUUCCGUUCUCGCAGGUUGUUGGUAAACUUUACCAUGGCCUUGGAGGACGAGACUGCUAAGGAUGUCAUGGAAGAAGCGUUGAAAAUGGCUGGCAAGGGUGAGGAUACGGAGAUGCCGUUGGCUGAACCUCAAGCUGAGAGUUCGCAGCCGAACAUGAACGCAAGCCCUUGCACCCCUGAAAUUGGUGACGUUCCUCAUGGCAGUCCCAUGCAAGUGGAGGAACAAUCGAUGUCAGCAAAAAGUGACAUAUGUGAGAGGAUUGGGGAUGAUAACGCCGACGAAGCUGCAGAAGCCGCAGCAGGGACUCAAAAUGGCGAGAGGGGGGCAGAGACGGAAGAUGAUCCCGACAACGGGUUAGGGGAGGACCUUGUGGUGUCUGUGGAGGAGAUGGAGUUACUCGUGGAGAAACACCUUGCGGAAUACGCAGAUUUCCACAAGCAAUGCACGACGUUCCAGGAGGUGCAACUUUUGCUGGCCCAGCGAGAGGAGAAGGUGGCUAACAUUGACCACAUCUACAGUGGCUUUAAAAUGACUGUGGACCAUAUACAAGGACAAGUGAGAGAGCUGUAUAUAAAACUAGGGCUUAAUUUUGACGAAGUGGAAUCCCUUGCUGAUGCUGCCAUUGAAAUCGCUACCACGACUGGCAAAGAGCCAUCGAAUGACGUCAUUGAAAUCCUGGAUGAUGAGGAUGAGAAUGCUGAGGCUAACAGUGAAACAGGAGGCUCAAAUGUUAAAGACUCCAAUCGGAGCAAAACUAUCAAGGAUCUGAAUGAAGAGGAGGUGAAAGGCAUUAUAAUGGUAAUUGCAGAUUCUUUAAAGGAGGUACAAUGUUGCCUCUCCACUCUAAAGGAAAUGCAUGUCAAAGAAGGUGCCCAUUCUUCCAUGUGGCGAGAUUCCAGGCAAAAAAAAGCUAAUGCCGACACUCAACUCGAGGUAAACAGUGCCGCUUCCUUGACGGGGAGCCAGUCUCAGCCUUCAUCGCCCACGGAGCCCGGAGCAGAUAACGAAGCUGGCAGCGUCCGACCAGAGCAGCGCUUCGAGUCUGGGCAGCCCACGGCAGUUGGUGAUGAGAUUUUGCUGGGCAUGCGCGUCCUUGGCAAGAAGCGGACAAAGACAUGGCACCGUGGCAUUCUUGUAGCCAUCGUCUCAUCCGCCAGCGGCUUCAAGUACAAAGUUAAAUUUGACAGCAAGGGGAAGAGCCUGCUGUCAGGAAACCACAUAGCAUACGAUCGUCAUCCGGAAUCCGAGAGCCUUGUUGUCGGCAGUAGAGUUGUGGCAAAAUACAAAGACGGCAGCUCGGUGUGGCUGUACGCGGGCAUUGUAGCCGAGACGCCACACAGAACCAACAAGUACAGGUUUCUCAUUUUCUUCGAUGAUGGAUAUGCAAGCUACGUCACACUUUUAGAAUUAUACGAAGUAUGUAGACAAUUAACCAACAGUUGGGAAGACGUGGAUGAUCGUGCGAGCAGGGAAUUUAUGGAGGAUUACAUCAAGUCAUACCCAAACCGCCCCAUGGUUCUCCUGAAGCCUGGACAGAACAUCAAGACAGAGUGGGAGGGCACGUGGUGGAAGUCUCGUAUUGAAGAGGUUGAUGGCAGCCUCGUUAAAAUCGUAUUCCUGAUUGAUGAGCGCUGCGAAUGGAUCUACAGAGGCUCCACAAGGUUGGAGCCCAUGCAUACCCUUAAACACUACCACACUGAAAAGAAACCCGGACAACGGAUGAGACCCACUACUGCUGGACGAAACAAGGGUGGUCCUGUUGUUCAGUACCCUCAGCAGGAGCCCCAGCAGCACACCAAACCCCAAACUCCAGCUAGUGCUUUGGGUUCCCCAAUCCAGGCACCUUUCAUAUCUCAUACGGUGUCGCUGAGCUCCCAGUUCGCAAUACAGGAUACACAAACGUGGAUACCUCCAAUGGACAAAACAAGUCCUCCACAGAAACUAGGACGACCUUUAUUCCCAUCUUCCACGAAUUUUAAUUUUUCAAUGCCCAGCCCUUCAGCCCAGUUCCCCCCAAGUCCCAGCAGCUCUGCAGUGCUUCAACCCGGUGCCCAGAUGUCACAGAGUGGCGGUUUCCAACCGUAUGGAAAGCCUACCUUGAGCAGGCAGAGCUCCAGCCAUUCUGAAUCGUCUUUGAACUCGGCCAACCGUAAGCAGGUGGCCAAGAAAAGCACUACCUUCCGCCAGGUGACCACAUCCACCAGAAUUACUGACUCCGAUAUCACCUGGCCUGCCACAAACUACAGCUACAUGCCACGCCCAGUGGAUUUAACAGGAACUCCUGCCCGUAGCUCGGUAGGGGAGCGUGUUGUUCGCGGGCAUUCCGAGUACGAGCAGGAAGACAUCUCACAUAAUGUGGGAGAGUCGCAGAUGUACAUGCCCACCAAUAGCAAAAUGGAAUCUCUGGCAACAUACCCAAUAUACAAGGCACCGAAAGAGAAGCUGUUGUACGUUCCACACGCAUGUAGCCAGAGCUGCUUGAGGAGUUUACGGCCAGCCAACCUAGACAAGUACAAGGGCAGGAACCCACUCCUAGUUCCACUCCUUUAUGACUUUAGGCGACUCAGCGCUCGCCGGAAGAUCAACCGCAAGGCACCGUUCCACAUGAUGUACAGGGCGCCAUGUGGCCGCAGCCUGCGCUGCAUGAUGGAGGUACAGCGCUACCUGUUCGAGACGUACGCCAACUUCCUUUUCCUGGAGCAGUUUUGCUUCGACCCGUACGUGAUGGCAGAGCGGCGCAUCAGCACCGUGAAGCCGCUGUACUGCGUUCGCGACAUCACCAACGGCGUGGAGGAUGUGCCCGUGUCGUGCGUGAAUGAGAUCGAUUCGGAGCCGCCGCCGGACGCCGCGUACAGCAAAGUGCGCAUCCCCGAGCAUGGAGUCUUCAUCAACACGAGCCCCGAGUUCCUCGUGUGCUGCAGCUGCACCGACGGCUGUCAAGACAAGUCCAAGUGUGCAUGCCAGCAGCUCACGGUGGAUGCAACUGGCUGCAGCCCAGGAGGCCAGACCAACACGGAUGCUGGAUACCACAACAAGAGGCUUGAAGAGUGCUUGCCAACAGGGAUUUAUGAGUGCAACAAGCAGUGCAAGUGCAACGUGCGGAUGUGCCAGAACCGCCUGGUACAGCAUGGCCUGCAGGUGCGGCUGCAGCUUUUUAAGACUCAAAACAAGGGUUGGGGCAUCCGCUGCUUGGAUGACAUCAGCAAAGGAUCCUACGUUUGCAUCUAUGCAGGCAAGAUCCUUACAGACGACACUGCUGACAAAGAGGGGCUGGAGAUGGGUGACGAGUAUUUUGCCAACCUUGACUACAUUGAGAGUGUGGAGCGACACAAGGAUGGGUACGAGAGUGAGGCGCUGGCAUCCAGUGAAAGCAGCGGCGUCAAUGUGAAGGGGGGCGACGAUGAGGAGGGCAGUGACGACAGCGAGAGCUUCUGCAGUAACGACCACCCAGAGUACAGGAGUCCCAGGGCCCGUGACAAAGAACGUGACCGUGAGCGCGACCGGGUUGGUGGAAACAGCAGCGGUGGCUCCAGCAACGUCCCAAUGGCAUUUGUGCGGAAGCUGCAGAAGAAGCAAAAGCAGAGCACGACCACACCGCCGGACGGCUCGGACGGAACUCCAUUUUGCAGCUCGUCGCCCGCACCUCCAACGCCGCCUGUGAACUCGGAGACGGCCAAGCACAAGGUAGCGUCGUGGCUAAGCGCCAACCAACUCGAUGCUCUGACAGUGCAAGACUCUGACAGUCGUUCUUCCUUCAAAAAUGUUGAAGACUUAACCAAGGAUUCCAGCAAGACUGCCGAACCGAAACAACUUUCUGCUCCACACUACAGAGCAGUGGAUCCCAAAGAUGAUGAGAUUAUGAUUCUGUCAAGCAGCUCUGAGUGUGAAUUUCAAGGAAGCGUUGGAGUGAACAGGACUCAGCGGGCAGGAGGGGGCGGUAUUACACCACCAUCCAAUGGUCUCCUGCAGAAGGGCUCCACCAAUGCUGUGCCAACUUUAAACAGUGAUGAUGUACAGACAAUCUCAUCUGGCACAGACAGUGACUUGGCAGAUCGUCCGCUGAAGCGGCAGGUCGCCGUGAAGCGAGGGUUUGCAUUCAAGACGACGGCACGCGGUGUCGCCGUCAAGUCUACGGGGAUGCGACGUGAGCUGGGGCGGGGGCCGGUGUCGACACAGGCCGGGCCCGGGCAGAGGGGCGGCGGCCCUUCCGGUGGCGGGGGCUCCGGCACGGGCGAAGGCGGCAACCAGCCGGAGAAGAAGAGCACGCGCGAGUUUUUUGAUGGCGAGGACUCGUGCUACAUCAUCGAUGCGAAACUCAUUGGAAAUCUCGGCCGAUACCUCAAUCAUAGCUGCAGUCCAAACCUUUUUGUACAAAAUGUAUUUGUGGACACCCAUGAUUUGCGCUUCCCCUGGGUUGCCUUCUUUGCCAGCAAGCGCAUUCGGGCAGGCACAGAGCUGACAUGGGAUUACAGCUAUGAAGUGGGCAGCGUGCCAGGUAAAGAGCUGCUCUGCUACUGUGGCUCCACUGAAUGCAGAGGAAGGCUGUUGUAAUACUUGAAAACCCAAGCUCGUCUCCCAGACAACCACAUGGCCCCCCGUAAGUAUGGGGGCCCAUGCCGUUUAAUUUUCUUCGACUCUCGGUGCCACCGUUCUUAUAUCGCUUUCUCCACGGUUGUGAUUGCUUGACAUAACUGUAAACUAUUACAAAACAUAUUCUUGGUUCUUUCGGUAAAGUCACAUUGAAGGGAGACAAUGAAAUAAUAAAAUAUAUAUAUAAAACAAUAAAAUUAUCACGACGUUUCGACUGCAACACAAGCAGUCAUCAUCAGGUGUGAAACCCAACGGCAAGAACAUACAACAAAGGAAAUGCUUAAGAACCGUUUUCCAUUUUUGAUGCCUUGGUUAUUUAUACAAAACACAUGCAUCAUAUCUGCAUACUUUACUUUUGAGCACAUUCAAUCUUUGGACACCCGUUGCCAUUUCAUAACUGAAGUAAACCUUUGAACACAUUUUACAUCUUUUAUUAAUAUUUAAAUUCCUGUAAAUGUUGUGUUUUGACCUUGUUUGGAAAUCUUAAAUGCUGUAUAAUGUUUUUUGCGGCUAUUGGAUUGAGUGUUUUUUUAAAUGAUUUCUUUUGUAAUGAGCUAUAAACCACAAAAAAGAAGUUGUUAUGCAUUGCCAAUGAAAUAUAAUUGGGUAUUGACACGGCUGUUGCAUAUAUUAUGGUAAAUUAAUUAUUCCACUUGAAACGUGACUUGGUUUUAUAAUUUGUAGUUACGAUGUACGGAAAUGUUGCUUGAAAUAAACGUUUAACGUCCAGUAGUUUUUUUACAUUUGGGUGUUCAUUUUUUUAUUUUCUUUAUUAUGCCUUGGAAUGUUGUGGAAAUUUGUACUUAAGUAUUAUAAGGUAAUCCAACUGUACAGAGCUUUCAUUGAUGUGUUGUGCAUUGUGUAUAAAAAAAAAAAACUAAAAUGAGAAUGGGGAUUUGUUUUAGAGUUUUUUUUAUUAAGUUUAAGCUCAAGUCCUUUACUGUAAUUAAAAAAAUAUAUUUCCUAUUUGACAUCGGUGAAUUUUCAGUUUGCCUUCUUGCAAUGUUACAUUCACAAAUGUGCAAAAUCUUAUUCAUGAACCUAGCAGCUGAUCUUUAUUCAUCAGUGCAUUUCUAAUGCAGGCUUCAAAGUGCAAAACAAAUUGCUACCAUUAAACAUGCGUCGGGAACACAGAAAUAUGAGUCGGCCAAUGAUAACAAGUCACGCACAGUUUUUUUAAAAUAUUGCUCUUUGGUGUUAGAAAUACACCAACAUCAGAUUCACGGUUAUGUAUCCGUAAAUUGCUAUGAUAUUGAUUACAUUAUCUGUUCAGGUGAAUACUCUAUAUGAUUGCUAAUGUUAAAAUGCUCAACCUCAAUGUUUAUCAUCAGUUGUAAAGCCUAAGGCAUCUUUAAGAUAUUUUUUAGUCAUUCCUCUCGCAUGCCUUUUUUGGGAUCGGGCUAAUGGUCCUAAAGCAUCCCCCCCUCAAUAUUGCGGCACUGAAAUAGUUCUGGGAUAUGCGAAUGUCCCACCUAAUACCAAU